UUGUGUUUUCAGUUAUGUGUGAAUUCUGAAUUAUCGGAUCAAUAACUACUCUAGUUACCUGUUACCUUGUAAAAAUAAGCGAUGUCAUUCUAUCAUCGCUUAAAAAAACAUUUCUUUGGGCAAAUGUAUUAAGUUUUUGAGUUUCCGAGUUUGUUUAUCAAAAUGGAGUCGAACGAAAACGGCGAUAACGGCAAUCGAAAUGCGCCGCCGGAGUCCUUGGAAAUAAUCGUUAAAAGAGAGCAAAAUGAUGACUUUGUAUGUGAAAUUAACAAUAUGCAUAAUCAAAACGAGACGCAAAAUAGCUCUAACGAAAAUCAAAGAAGUGGCGUCAAACGCAAAUCUGAAGAAAAUCCUUUAAAUAUGCAGGAAGAUGAUAGGGUGAGUGAAGUCGACACUGACUCCAAUGUACUAGUAAAAAGACCGAGGUAUUCAGAAUCACAGUGUGAUGAGUCUCUUGAAAAUUCAAAUGAUAUUGUUGACGCAAAUAGCUUGCAGAUUAAAGAAGAAACAGUAAACUACACUUUGUAUGUUUCAAACUCACCCGGAGAAUGGACGUCUCAGCAAAUCAUAGAUUUUAUUAAAGAUGAGUGCGGAAUUAAUAUUUCAAGAAUUAAUGAUAGCAGGGCAGGAAAUACGAAUUCAGAUUUUCAAAUAAAACUUAAGUUUCCAAAUAAGGAGCAAUCGACCAAAGUUUAUGAUAAGUUGAAGGAGAUGGAGGCAGCAGGCAAACUGAGAGUACAUACAGAUGAUGAUAUGGAGGAAACAGUUUGUGAUAUACAGUCUACCUCAAGCGCACAAAUAGAUGAAAGGGCGUCGAACAGAGCAACGUCUGAUCCACCGGAGCCGAGAGUUGAUUUUGAGUUAGCGUCUGGUGAAAAUUCUUUUUAUAUAAGAGAAGAGUACCUGGAGUCUCUGGGCAUCAUAUUGCCUCUAACAAACUGGGUGACGGUAACUAAUUUCCGAUGUGAUAAGACGGAGUUAAAAGAAGUCUUCGAGCUGGCUGGCAGAGUUCUCGUAUGCUCUGUAUAUUCUAUGACCAAUAAAUACGCUAACAUCAUGUACAGCCAUCCACUUGAAGCUGUCCAGGCAAUAUCCAUGCUCAACGGUCAGAAGUUAUUUGGGCAAACUCUCAAAGUAACGAUGAACAAUUCCCGAGAUACAAACACGCUUUUACCCAAGGGCUUGGCGGAUGUCGGACCCGGUCUGGGGAAGUACGGGAAAGGACUUCCGGAUCUAGUCGAGCAGUUUAAGCGUUUCGUCAAGGGUCAGACAUCGUCGAUCGACGCUCACUUGUUUCAACCAGAGCUCCUGAGGGAUUUUGGUGUUGAUGCCUAUCGAGAAACACCAACGCCGUUCGUACGUUCGGCCCCCAGUGAGAGUUCAAGCGUACAUAUCGAUAACGUAUCGGAACAGGGAAGCGAUGUAUCGGCGUGUGAAUCGGUUGUGAGAAAUAAUGGGAAUCUCUUUGGAGCGAUCGGGCAGAGGGUAUCACAUGCGAGCACUCCGGCGCCGGCUAGUGUCCAGCUCCACAACAACCGCGUGUCAACCUUCACUCCCAUGAGCCAGCCGUUGAUAAUACGAGGGACGAACAGCAACAUGAUGCCCAUCCCGUCUGGAUCCAUGCAACGUCCAAGACAAAUGGCACCAAUUUCCAAUCCCUUAACAAUUUACGCUAACUGUCCACCGAUAGCUGGCGUUGAUACAUCAAACUCAGCCAGAGGCUUCAAUAUAAGCGUGAUCGGUUCAGGUAAUAUGCCCGUGCUCCCUGGUCCGAUAAUAACUCGGGGCCCCAUGCCUAGCCCCAUGGCUCCUAUGAGAAGACCAGUACCGGUGACUAUUACCCAUCUGUCGACUGCAAAUCGUUUUCCUGCUCCGGGUCCAAGGAACGUUGGCCCAGUGACCGGUCCUCCAAGGGGUCCAGCCCCGGUUAGACCGAAUCCAAGCAUUCAAAUUACAAACACAAGAAGGUCCAAUGGACCUAUUUUAACAUUGAGGCCAUAUAUGUCACAAGCGACAACCGGAUCUAAUGUUCAAAUGAUCAAAGGCGCUGAUGCGGUAACAGUCCAGAUAAGCGGCCUACCGCCGUCGACGAACUUUGUCAAUCUCGGACAAAGUUUGUCGGAAUUCGGCAACGUCCUGUUUCUGGAGUUCACCACGCCCGGUUGCGCUGUUGUGCGUUUUGCGAGCCCUUCUGAUGCUGAUAGAUGCCUUCAAAACUUUAGAAAUGUUAUCGGAUGAAAUUCAAUGAUAUGCGGAGGAUUCAUUCCAUCGAUCCUGGCAUUUCUCAUGAUUCUGUGUAAGGUAACGAGCAUCUUCAUUAUAUUCUACUUCAUACUAGCAUUUACAACAUUGAUUUGUCAUAUAUUUAUAUCAUAUAAUCAUUAAUAUGUUCUUCGAAAGACAUGUAAUUUAGGAUAUUUGAAAAAAAAAUAAGAAUAUUUUUAGAUCUGCUUCUAUUAUGGCUUUACAAUGUUUAUUUAUAUUUUUAAUUGCGAUUAAGAUUAAGCGCUAACAAUUAAUGCUGUAUUGAUGUGUCGAUGUCAUUAAAAAUACUACUAGUAAUAUCAAUUUAAUCAAAUAAUUAUAAUAUUAACUUAAGAGCAUCAUAUAAAAUGCCAUAGACAAUUGGGUAUUUGAAUGAGAAAUAAUUAAAUAUUUCAUUUACGAAUAUAUCUUUUUUUUUUUUAAAUAGUUAUAUACCGUUAGUAAAUUCACGUGACUAGUUGGCGCAACUAUGAAUAUUUGAUACGUCAUAUAGUGCACGGUGACGUCAUGAGAUGUUUAUCGAAUUAUUUAACAUUAUGAGGUCACAACGACUAGGAAAAUUUUGGCGCGUCACGGUACUAAAUUUAAAAAUGUCUUUGUAGAUCGAUAUAUUUUUAAUUAUUAUUAAUAAAAAAAUAUGAAUAGUUUUAUAUGAAAUUAUUUGUCGCGUGUCUUUACUCGCUUAGACCUCAGGAGUAAGGCAUAAGAAGCCUAUGUCCUUCCUUGGGUUUCAAGCUACGAGGCAUCGUACCAAAUUUCAUCAAAUUCGGUUUAGUAGUUUAGGCGUGUCAGAGACAGACUGACGGAAGGACAGAAUGACUUCCGCGUUUAUUAUAUUAGUAUAGAUUUACAUCAAUUUAUAUUAAAAAAAAAACCAUUCAAAUAUCCAAUUUUAGUUCGUUUUAAUAACAUCUUUUCAUACAUUAAAAUAGAUUAAGUAUUAUUUUUAUGUAUGUGUUAUUACUUGAUCAUUGUGUAUAUCAUUUGUAUUAGACUUCGAUGUUAAGAUAAGUCUUAGUCAAUUAGAUUUAAUCUAUAUUUGUCGUGUUAUAUAUGUCACCGUAAGAUUACAAACAUUACAAUCUAUCUCGUCAGAUUGUAAACUGUCGAAAUAUUGUGAACCGUGAUAUUUCACGAUGAUUGCAAUUUAACGCAUUAUUUUUCGCUAUAUUGUAUCGAUCUUACGGUGAAAUAUAUAAGACACUGAAUACUUAUAUUUAAAUAAAUGUGUUUAAUAUUAUAUUGAGAUCUUAAUGUCGUCAUAGAAAACAGUUUUAAAUGUAUCGUAGUUAACAACUCACAUAAAUCUACUUAAACUACAAUUUUAUAAACGACUAAUCCUCUAAGGGAGCGUUGUAACAGAUAUUUGGUGUUUAAUAUUAAUAUAAUGUAUUACUAGGGUAGCUAUCCGGUUAGGUUAGUCCGGAUUUUUUUUUUAUAUUCGUUAAAAUUAUUUAAAGCAUUAUUAUUCGGCAUCUCACAACGCUUGCUUAUCGUAUGCUUAAACUAUUGAUAAAGUAUUCCUUUGAUAUGAUGGAGUCACUAAUUAGGUAAUAAACGCAAAUAUAUUAAACACAAAGGAGGUCGCGGUUUUAAACCAUUUAUUAAUAAAUGAGUAAGUGAAUUUCAAUUUUAUUUGACAAAAAAUGUAUAUUAAAAUAUACGUAUAAUGUUUCAAUAUAAACAAAAAUUAAUUUUGAAACCUUAUAUCAUAGGUAAGGUUGUUGAUAUUCUAUGUUAAAUUUUAACUCAUCACACCCGAAGAUGUUUCAAUGCUAACUGGUCGUCUUCUCACAAUUUUCAAAUAUGGUAUUCCUACUUAUUGCCAUAGUUUGAAUAUUUAUAGCUCACGAACUAGUCCCUAAGGGUGGAUAUAUUCGAAAAACAUUGUGAUAAAUUUAUACAUAUUGUAUCAGGGUCUAAAAUACUGACCCUUGUAUUGAUGGGGGAUUAUUUAUACGGGAUAAGAUAUAAGGUGCGCUCAUAAUGUAAAAAUAUAUGUGUAUUUUGGACUCUUUUUAAAAUACGUCCAAAGCGUGUGCCAAUACGGUUGUAAAGAUAUUGAUUAAUUAUAUAAAUACAUAAACGAGCGCGGUAUUAUUAAGGGUGAUAAGUAUAACGGUCGGCAGGGAAUUAGUAAAGACUCGUACUAUUAUAAAUUUAUCAGUAAAUAAUUAAGGAUGGAUUGACAGUUGAUCAAUGACAUUUAUGACGUUUUGUUACAGAUUAAAAAUCUGUUUUUGCCGCCAUUAAAAUUUAAUUUCGUCUCGCUCACGUAUUCAUAUCAUUUGCUAUUAAGUUGCACAACUCAUCCUAUUUUUUAUAUUAGUUAUAAUAUAAAGGUAUUUAAAGAAUUAAAAUAAGACAAAAUUCGAAUUAAUAUUUUGUGACUUAGAAUUAAGCGUGUUCGUAGUUUUUAAUCACUUAUUGAAAAACAUUAUAAAUGUUUCCUAGAUAUAAUGCCAAAUAUUUUUUUUCUUGAACAAUUAAUUCAAGAUAUAUUGAUGUACUUAAAUGUUAGAUUAAGAUAAGAUUCGUCUCGGAUAUUAAAGAUGGAUCUCACUUUAGUUUAGAAAUAAGAAAUUAUAUUACGUUCUAUUUAUUAAGAUACGUUGCACUAUUUGUUUUAUAAAAACGUACAAAUAUUUAUCGUUUCACUUAAGAAUUUUCUCGUUAUACGAAAUUUAUUAUUUUUAUAAAAUUGAAAGACUGGUAUUUUUAUAGUAUUCCAAAUAGUUGUACUCUUAACAUAUUGCCAGUAAAAAUAACUAUCUAGUCUAUAAAAAAAUAUAUAUAUAUUUUGUCGAUGGUUUCGUUAAAAACAAAUGCGUUUCGUUACACUUAUAAAGUUUAAAUUCAAUUUAGGUAAAUAUGUACAUGAAAUCAUGAUAAAAUAUAUAUAUUUUUACCUUAAUAAUUAUUCUCUUAUAAUUGGCAGUUAACACUUAUUUAACCAGAAAAUUCUUUAUGUUAAUUCGUGAUACUAAUCACUUGUGUAAUAUUAGCUUAUAAAGUCAAAUCAUAACACGCCUAAUACUUUUAAAGUAUUCUAAGCUUUAUACACAAUUACAUUCUUGUUGCGUACUGCAGUUUAUUAAAAUUUAUUACAAAAUAAGUAUUAAGUUUUUUAAGUUACAAUAAGUGUAAAUUAUUUAUUUUAUUAUGUUUAAUUUAAUUGAUAAUGAUGCAUUUGUAAUUUGAUGUUUAUGUAUAAUAUGGGUGUCUAUAAGUGUCUACUAAGGUUUCUUCACACCAAACCCGCCUACGCGCCGACUUGGGGUGACAUCGGUGGCAUGUCUGAAUUGCGUAUGCUCUCAGUUGCGUGGCUACAGACUAAAGUGUAGUGACUACGGUGACGCAAUCAACUUGGUCUAACCUAACACUUUCGGAUCGUUUAGAGGGAGUGAUAACAAUUCCACUGUUAAGUAAAUGGUAAAAGACUUUUGAUUGAAUUGAGUUCGGGAGAUAUGACAUGCGACGUCUCCCCACAAGCUGCAAUCGUUUACUACAUGAAGUGGUAUAUUCUCUCCGACAGAGUUUUCCUACUAAAACGAUAUGUGAAAUCGCGUAUCCACCAACAACACAGCCGUUGACACGAGUCAGCGGUACGGCGGUUUUUUGUGUGUAGACUCCUUUAUUUAUAACAACUGCAUUUUUAACCAAUUUAUAAUUAAUCAUGGAUGGUCCACGUGUUUAAGUAAUAUUAAAAAGAAUAAAUGGU